CGACGCGUAACUCCGUAACCGGCAAUACCCGGUCUCGCAACGCCCACCGACAACUUCACUCCCGGUCACCCCACUACCCCUCUCCAUAUCCGUACAUCUCUCCCACUGAAGAACAUCUCCUUUUUAAAUGCCACCUUCCCUCCCUCCUCAUUAUUCAACAAAUACUACAGCCACUCCCCAAAUUCCCCACAAAAAUUAAGGAGCCCACAUUUCUCCAUGCGAUAAUUGACGUGAAUUAUUGAUAAUCCCAAGGCACGCAGAGCCCAAAAAAAAAAGCUUCGGUUCGAGCUCUUCAAUUCUGCCAUUUCCUCACUCUUUCGUGUCGAUUUUGCCCCCAAUUUGGCGUCGUUUUGGCUUGGGUUGCGACAUUGCGAUUGGAUCUUCGGUCGCGUUCUGGUUCAGUUAUUUCGACGCGGCUUACCGGAAAUAAGUUUGGAAUAACUAAGGAAAGGCCCAGAAGAAGUUUUCUGGUUUAUGCAUUUUUAAUUUGGAGAAGUCACUGCAUAAGAGUGUUUUUAAUUGAUUGUUAUAGUUGGAGGAACUAAACCAAGCAAGGCAUGAAGGAGGUUGAGAAAAGGAAAACCCCAAAUACUAAAAACACCAAGCGCUCAGGAAGAACUGAAAGGAGAGACAAUAAACUGAAUCAAGGGAAUCCUGGCAAGAGAUUGAAUGGAAAAGAAACUGAAUCUAAAGACUCUUAUGCUAUACCAGACCCCAGUACUUUAGUAAGUGAUUCAAACACGGGCACCGACCUCUCUGAAGUUAAUGAAAACUUGGUUAUACAUUAUGUGGAUGAUGUGAACAGGUUUGAGGAGGUGCCUCAAGAUUUGAAAGCCAAUCCAAUGAUUUCCAAAGGGAACAUUGAUGACGCUCAUGGGAAGGAAGAGGUGUCGGAUUGUGAGACAAUAAAGGAUUCCGUAUCAUCUCAAGGGGAUUCACUUGAGGAUGAGAAUGUAGAACAAGCUUCAAGGGUUCCCAAAAUCAUUGCAAAGAAGAAUCUCUCAGAGAGCUCUCAUGGAUCCAGGGAGAGGUCUGAUAGCGAAUCUAAGUCAAAAUCCAAGGCACUACAUCCUACAGAGAAAAAAUCCACUAAUUCUAAUGAAGGAGCUUUGGGUAACACCAGAACUUCUUCUAGGAAUAGUUCUAGCAAUACAGAAGUUCCCUCUAAACCUUCGUCAGAAUCAUCUGAAGAAGUUGAUGAUAAUCUUAUUGUAGAGGUAAAAGGAAGUCAUAUCCUAGAUGGGGCUUCAAAUGGUGCCCAGAGUGUUGAAAAUGACAAUGAAACAGUACAUGCUGAAGAAAAUGGUGAGCAAGAGGAUGUAACAGCUUUGGAACGAAAGGUUGAAGAAAUGGAAAUGAGAAUUGGGAAACUUGAAGAAGAGCUCCGAGAAGUUGCUGCUCUUGAAAUUUCCCUCUAUUCUGUAGUACCAGAGCAUGGGAGCUCAGCACAUAAAGUGCACACACCGGCUCGGCGCAUUUCUAGACUUUAUAUUCAUGCUUGCAAGCUUUGGACUCAGGACAAGCGAGCCACAAUUGCUAAGAACACUGUGUCAGGGCUUGUUUUGAUCGCAAAGUCCUGUGGCAAUGAUGUUCCAAGGUUAACCUUCUGGUUAUCAAACACUGUUGUGCUAAGGGAGAUCGUAUCUCAAGCAUUUGGCAUUUUACACCAGUCAAGUUCUUUAACAAAGUUUGCUGAUAUAAAUGGGACUAGCAAAAGAAAUGAAGUGAAGUCUCCAACACUGAAAUGGAGGGGUGGUUCUGGUGGUAAACAAAUGAACAGUUUUAUGCAGUUUGCUGAUGACUGGCAAGAGACAGGAACCUUCACAGCUGCAUUAGAAAAAGUUGAAUCUUGGAUUUUCUCUCGGAUAGUUGAGUCUGUCUGGUGGCAGGCUUUGACUCCAAAUAUGCAAUCUCCAGCUGAGUAUUCGUCUAAUAAUAACACAAUUGUAAGGUUGUUGGGACCUGCACUGGGUGAUCAGAAGCAAGGCAGCUUUUCUGUGAACCUUUGGAAAAAUGCUUUCCAGGAUGCUUCUCAACGACUCUGUCCUGUUCGGGCAGGAGGGCACAAGUGCGGCUGCUUGCCUGUGUUGGCGAGAAUGGUUAUGGAACAUUGUGUUGCAAGGCUAGAUGUGGCAAUGUUCAAUGCUAUUCUGCGUGAGUCAGCCCAUGAGAUCCCUACUGAUCCAGUGUCAGAUCCCAUUGUUGAUCCCAGGGUUCUUCCUAUUCCCGCUGGCGAUUUGAGUUUUGGGUCUGGUGCACAACUCAAAAAUUCUGUUGGAAAUUGGUCUAGAUGGCUAAGUGAUAUGUUUGACAUGGAUGCUGAUGAUUCCCUGCAAGAAGAUAAGCCCGGCAGUCAGGAUGAUGACAGGCAGAGUGGGGAUGGUGAAUCUAAAUCCUUCCUUCUUCUCAAUGCCUUGAGUGAUCUUUUAAUGCUUCCCAAAGACAUGCUUAUCGACCGAUCAAUCAGAAAGGAGGUGUGCCCUUCAAUUAGUCUCCCAUUAGUUAAGCGGAUACUUUGUAACUUCACUCCAGAUGAGUUCUGCCCAGAUGCUGUCCCAGGAGCUGUAUUGGAGGCACUGAAUGCUGAGAGCAUCGUGGAGCGCCGAUUGUCGGGAGAAUCUGCGAGAAGCUUCCCCUAUACAGCGGCACCAGUUAUGUACAGCCCACCUUCCUCGGCUGAUGUGGCAGAAAAAGUUUCAGAAGCAGGAGGAAGAUCUCAACUGGAAAGGAACGUCUCAGCUGUACAGAGAAAGGGAUAUACCAGUGAUGAGGAGCUGGAGGAGCUGGAUUCUCCUCUAACAUCCAUCAUUGACAAAUUACCAUCGUCUCCAACUAUCGUAGCAAAUGGAAAUGGAAAACAUGAGCACACGGGUCAUGCCUGCACGAAUGCGAGGUACGAACUGCUUCGUGAGGUGUGGUCUGGGUAAAUGUUGAAAGAGCAGACUCCGGACUCUAUGUAUACCUGUUGUUUCUGUAUCAACAAAGUUUUGGAGAAACUUAAACAGAACUGUGAAUAAUGAAAGGCAAAUAUCAAGAGGAUUUGAAGUCUUUAGGCUAUUCUCAAAAUAUGGCUAAAGCCAUUAGAUUUGUGUUAUCUUUGUUUUCUGUAUAUUUAUAGUGAGUUUCAUUAUCAUAUAUCAAAUAAAAGAGAUUACUUACAUGCUCA